UAAUAAUUAAAAUUUGAAGUAUCAUUUAGGGUGGUUAAUUUUUAAUCCUUUAUCGUCAUGUUACGUUUAUUUUAUACCAAACCGUUUAAUUUGUCAUCAUUACGUUCCUUUAUUCCCAGACAACCAACUAGAAAUUAUUCAUCCUUUAUCAAAAAUUCACCAUGUAAAAAACCAGUUCCUGUAUCACCUAUCAAUUUAAACAAAAUAAAUCCUACAUUGAUGCUUGUUGGAUCUGUAGGAUAUAUUGGAUGUAGAUAUUUACUUGAUGGAAGUAAUAUAGUCCAUUGUCAACAUAAAGAACUAGAAAUAACAUCAGAUAACCAUUUUGAUUGGAAUAAGUUAUUGUCUUAUUUAUCACCAGAUUUAUUUAACCUAAUAGCUGCGAUUGCUGCUGCAUUUAUUAUUGCUCUGUGCAAUUUAAGUAUCCCAAUCAACUUACAGCAUGUUAUAAAUACUGUACUUAAGUUUGCCAAGGAUGAAAUACCAUUUGAUUUAAAAAAACUUACUGACCCAUUAUCCAAACUAUUAGCUCUUUACAUAAUGCAGGGCCUAUCAACAUUUAUAUGUAUAAGCAUGUUGUCAAAAGUUGGAGAAAAUGUUGCUAUACGUAUGAAAUAUAAUCUUUUUUCAUCUAUACUUCAACAGGAACUAGAAUUUUUUGAUAAAACACGUACAGGUGAUAUUUUACAAAGGUUAACAACUGAUGUACAAGAUUUUAAAAGUUCUUUUAAACUUGUAAUAAUACAAGGCCUCAAAAAUGUAACCCAAUUAAUUGGCGGAGUAUGGACUUUGUACAACACAUCACCAGAAAUGACUGGAGCUGUAGCUAUUAUUUUACCAACUAUUAUUGUUAUAGGCACAUUUUUUGGCUCUAUUUUGAGAAAACUUAGCAAACUGGCUCAAGAACAAGGUACUAAAUCUACAAUUAUAGCUGAAGAAGUGAUUGGAAAUAUGAGAACUGUUCGUGCCUUUGCAUCUGAAUCUACAGAAUGUGAAAGAUUUUUGACAGAAAUUGAAAACAAUGGAUUAUUGCAUAAGAAAUUAGGUUAUGGUAUUGGUCUAUUUCAAGCAAGUUCUAAUGUGUUCCUCAAUGGCAUUGUUUUGGGAACAAUAAUCCUUGGUGGACAACUUAUGACAACCACCAAUCUUGAUCCUGGACAGCUUAUGUCUUUUCUCAUGGUUACCCAAAUGCUUCAACAUUCUUUAGGACAAUUUUCGUUGUUAUUUGGUCAUUAUGUAAAAGGUGUCUCAGCUGGAUCCAGAAUAUUUGAAUAUAUUAAUAAGAGUCCUAAAACACUGAUUAAUGAGGGAAUUCAAAUCCCACAUCAUUCUUUUAAACCAGAAAUAGAAUUUAAAGAUAUCACAUUUUCAUAUCCAACCAGACCUGAACAAGUUAUAUUAAAAGACUUUAACCUUACUUUGCCUCCUGGUAAAGUGGUUGCUGUUGUUGGAUCUUCUGGUAAUGGUAAAUCUACUAUUGCUGCGCUUCUUAUGAGAUUUUAUGAUGUUAAUUCAGGAAGUAUAAUAAUUGAUGGUGUAAAUAUCAAAAAGCUUGAUCAAACUUGGUUGCGUAAGAGAGUUAUUGGAUUAAUUAAUCAAGAACCAAUACUGUUUGCUAUGUCUAUCUUAGAAAACAUACGCUAUGGAAAGCCUGAGGCUACAGAUAUUGAGGUUAUUGAAGCAGCAAAAAUAGCAAAUGCUGAUUCUUUUAUCACUUCUUUUCCUAAUGGCUAUAAUACAAUUGUUGGAGAACGAGGCGUAACAGUUUCGGGAGGACAAAAACAAAGAAUUGCUAUUGCGAGAGCUAUUUUGAAAAACCCAGCAAUACUUAUAUUAGAUGAAGCAACAAGUGCACUUGAUACAGAAUCUGAAAUGCAUGUGCAAUCAGCAUUAGAAUCGGUAACAAAAGGAAAAACAGUUUUAGUGAUUGCUCAUCGAUUAAGCACUAUAAAGAAUGCAGAUGUAAUUGUAGUUUUAAACAAAGGUGAAAUUGUUGAAGUUGGAGACCAUAACACCUUAUUGAAUAAGAAAGGUUUUUAUUGGAAUCUUAUGAAUCAGCAGACAUCAGACAAAGCAAGUGCUGCAUAAAUUAUUAUGCAAAGUAAAGUUAAAUUGAAAAUAAACUUUAUUUAGGUAAUAUUUAGGUUUAUUGUUAAU